AUGCCGUCCCCUCUCACCAUCCGCUCCCUGCUGGGCGCCGCCGCCUUUCUCGCCGGCGCGGCGGCCCUCGGCUCGCCCGGGGUCGUCCCACCGCAAAGGCGCGCGCCCGCGGUGGCUGCGAACUCGGACGUGCUGCACCUCGAGCGCCGAGUCCGCCACGGCCCGAACGCCUCCUCGCGCGCGGGCUUCCGGAGCAUGGAAGGCGUGGUGGACUACAAGUCUCGCGACGCCGUGGGGCCCAUGAUUGUGCGCCGCCGGCAGCACGGCGUCGGCGGCCGCGAGGUCUGGGUAGCGGACGACGGCGAGCCGGUCGCGGAGGGCGUCGGGCCCGCUAUCAAUGCGUAUCAUCAGAUCGAGUACAUGACUCCCGUUGGGAUCGGGGGCGAGGAGUACAACCUGAUCGUCGACACGGGCAGUAGCGACACGUGGUUUGUCAAGUCCGGCUUCGAGUGCGUCAACUCGCGCCGCCAGCUGGUACCUUUUGAGGCGUGCGAUUUCGGGCCCGUGUUUAGGGGGGCCUUGUCCGGCGGCACGUCGCCCUUGGUCUUCAACAUCACCUACGGCAGCGCGAACGGACCCUUCCUGAACGGCGAAAUGGGCUUUACAGAUCUCAAGGUCGCCAACAUCAGCGUGGCGCGGCAGCAGGUGGCGCUCGCGACCGACGGCAUGUGGUUCGGCGACGGCAUCAGCAGCGGCAUCCUGGGGCUGGGCCUGCCGGCGCUCACGGCGAGCUCCGACGGCACCGUGGGCGCCGACGGCCGCGCGCGCCAGGUGCCCUACGACCCGCUCGUCGCCACUAUCAACAGGCAGCUCGCCAGCCCCGUCUUCAGCCUAGCGCUUCACCGCAACUCGUCCGAGUCCUUCAUCGCCUUUGGCGGCGUGCCGCCCAACGCCGCGACCACGGGCGUCUGGGCGGCGACGCCGAUCGAGAAGGUUUGGGUCGACGGCGUGGUCGACUACUUCUACUACACGGCGCUUCCGGACGCCAUCUCCUUCAACAACUCGCAGCGCGCCCUCCGCGCCUCCAACGUGCCGGCCUUUAUCGUCGACAGCGGCACCACGCUCAAUCUGUUCCCUUAUGAGAUCGCUGCCUCCAUCAACAACCUAUUCGCGCCCCCCGGCGUCCUGGACCCGGCCCAGGGCGCGUGGUUCGUCCCGUGCGACGCGACGCCGCCCUCGCUCAGCGUCACCCUCGGAGGGACCGUCAUCAAGACGCACCCCAGCAGCAUGAUCCUGCCCGAGGUGCGGGACAGCCGGGGGCGGUGCGCGUCGGGCAUCGGCUACACGGACGGCUUCCCCUACAUCCUGGGCGACGUCUUUAUGCAGAAUUUGGUCACUGUCUUCGACUUGGGCGAAAAGAAGGAGGUUCGAUACGCCGAAAGAGUUUUCUAA